AUGUUGCCGAAACUCGUCGUUGCACUUGCUGCGGCCGCAGCGUCCGUCGCGCAAGCCGAGACGAUCUUCCGCGAGACGUUCGACGACGCCGACUGGGCCAGUCGCUGGGUCGCGUCCACGUGGAAACCCGCGGACGAAGUGGGCAAGUUCGAGCACGUCGUGGGCAUGUACUACCCCGACGCAGGCGACGACAAGGCGAUCAAGACGAGCCAAGACGCGCGGUUCUACGCGCUCACGGCCAAGUUCGACCAGCCUUUGGACAACAAGGACAAGGACUUGUACCUGUCGUACCUCGUGCAGCACGAGCAGAAGCCCGACUGCGGCGGCGCGUACAUCAAGCUGCUCCCUGCUGACGUCGACCAGUCGAACUUUGGCGGCGAGUCGCCGUACAACGUGAUGUUCGGGCCGGACAUUUGCGGCGCGGCCAAGAAGACGCACGCGAUCCUCACGUACGCGCGACCGGGCGAAGACGCCGUCAACAUGGACCACAAGGACGAGAUCCGGACCGAGUCGGACUCGGACGCGCACGUGUUCUCGUUCGUACUUAAGCGGGACAACACGUACGACGUGAAGAUCGACGGCAAGAGCGUGAAAGCCGGCGACUUGGCGGCGAACUGGCCGUUCCAGCCCGAGAAGGAGAUCCCGGACCCAGACCUGAGCAAGCCCGCGGACUGGGUCGACGACGAGCAGAUCCCGGACCCGGCAGCCCAGAAACCCGCGGACUGGGACGACGAGCCCAACGUGAUCCCGGACCCGACGGCCGUGAAGCCCGAGGACUGGGACGACGAGGACGACGGCGAGUGGGAGCCGGCGAUGGUGGCGAAUCCCGCGUACAAGGGCGAGUGGAAGGCGCCGCUGGUGGCGAAUCCCGCGUACAAGGGCGAGUGGGUGCACCCGUUGAUCGCCAACCCCGAGUACUUUGAAGACGAGGCGUUGUACCACGUGGCCGCGAACGUGGGCGCGAUUGGGUUUGAGCUGUGGCAGGUCAAGAGCGGCACGUUGUUUGACGACAUUCUCGUGACGACGAGCGAGGCGGAGUUUCUGGCGCACGAGGAGCAGGUGCUGGACAAGGUGGAGCUGAUGCAGAAGAAGAAGAAGCAGCUGCAGGACGAGGAGAAGGCGAAGAAGGAGGCGGAAGCUAAGGCCAAGGAGGCGGAAGAAAAGGAGAAGGGGGCGGAGAAUGACGAGGAGGAGGAGGAUGUGGAGGAGGAGGAGGAGGAGGACGUGGUGACGAAGGGGGAGCAGAUGAAGGAGAAGGUUGAAGAGGUCGUGGAGAAGGUGAAGGAGGGGGCGGAGGACGUUGAGGAGAAGACGGUGAAGGAGGGAGCGAAGAAGGAGGAGAAGAAGGUGGAGAAGAAGGUGGAGGAGGAGAAGGACGAGCUGUAG